AUGGAAAUAGAAGAUUUGAAAUGCCUUCUCAAAACAAGAGAAACUGAGAGUAAGAAAGAAAUAGAAAUGUUACAAGAGAAGAUAUCUUUAUUGAGUAUUCAACUUCUUGAUGAAGAAAAGGAAACUGAAGGAUUGACAGAGGACAUCAAAUUAUUAAAACAACAAACACAGCAACAAGAACAAAAAAUAGAGAGACAAAUGCAAGAGGGCAGGGAACGAGAACAGGAUCUUCAACGACAGCUUCAAGAAAGAGAGCGACAGCUUGAGGAAAGAGAGAGAGAGUUCCAAGAAAGAGAGAGACAACUUGAAGAGCAGAUACAAGUGGCAGAGUCUUCCUGGGUAGUGAAUAGAAGAGAGAUUACAAUGACAGAGGUAGUCCUUGGUAAAGGAGGAUGGGGAGAGGUGAAAGUGGCUGGUUUUCGUGGUCUGAAAGUUGCUGCAAAGUGUCUCUACGAAGUCAUCAUCUCUCCUUAUAACAUUGGGACAUUCUCUCGGGAAAUGAAUAUUGCUUCUAAAAUACGUCAUCCUAACCUCCUUCAGUUCAUAGGAGCGACUACAGAGGGUAAUCCAAUGAUCCUGACAGAGCUAAUGCCGACGAGCCUAAGAAAGGAAUUAGAGAGUGGAGGAGUGGCCUAUCCUGCCAUACUGAGCAUCAGUUUAGAUGUAGCCUGUGCUCUCAAUUACCUUCAUCUCUUCAAGCCUCAUCCUAUACUACAUAGAGAUGUCAGCAGUGCUAAUGUACUCCUUCAAACAACAGGAGAAACAUGGAGGGCUAAAGUAUCUUAUUAUGGAUCAGCUAACCUUCAGCCUCUCAUUAGUAGGACCACUAAUCCUGGUAAUCCUCUUUAUGCAGCACCUGAAGCAGGGAAUCCAAGGGAACACUCUCCUGCAAUGGAUGUCUUCAGUUAUGGUGUCCUCCUUCUAGAGAUGAUAACACGACGUAUUCCUCUACCAGAAGAGAGAGUAGGUCUUAUUGAUAGUAUUAGAAGAGCCUCGUUUAGGUCUCUUGUUGAACGCUGCCUGAUAGUUGAGUAUAGACACCGUCCAACAAUGAAUGAUAUUAUAACUGAACUAAAUGACACUGUUUAUUAGUAGUG